AAAAGAAGAAGAAGAAGAAGCACAUAAAUGGGUUGGGUUUCUUAUUUAACCCUUUCUCCCCUCCAUUUUUCCAUUCCCUCCAUCUCCUUUACUUUUCCUCUUCUCGGCAUCUCAAUUCUCUCCCUCCACACAGGGACGACAACAAACAUAACACACCCCCACACAGGAACACACGCCAUUGCAUACGCCUUUUGCAACUUUCAAAACUCCACCAGGGUUUGUAAGUGAAGUGGAUCCAUCAGAAGUGAAUAUGAACUGUAUUCCACAUGUUCCCCCAGGCUUUAGGUUUCACCCAACAGAUGAAGAAUUGGUUGAUUAUUACCUGAGGAAGAAGGUUGCUUCCAAAAGAAUUGAUUUGGAUAUCAUCAAAGAUGUUGACCUUUACAGAAUCGAGCCAUGGGAUCUUCAAGAACUAUGUAAGCUGGCCGGAAGUGAAGAUCAGAAUGAAUGGUAUUUUUUUAGCCACAAAGACAAGAAGUAUCCGACAGGAACACGCACAAACCGAGCUACUAAAGCUGGGUUUUGGAAAGCAACUGGAAGAGACAAAGCUAUUUAUGCUCGACAUUGUUUGGUUGGGAUGAGAAAAACCUUAGUCUUCUAUAAAGGAAGAGCUCCUAAUGGACAAAAAUCAGAUUGGAUAAUGCACGAAUAUAGACUCGAAACUAAUGAAAAUGCAACUCCUCAGGAGGAAGGAUGGGUUGUUUGCAGGGUUUUCAAGAAGAGGAUGCCGACAGUGAGAAAGGGCGGCGACUAUGGCUCGCCGUGCUGGUACGACGACCAAGUCUCCUUCAUGCCGGAGCUCGAGUCCCCGACCAACCAAAUCUUUCGCCACCCUUCUUAUCCCUGCAAGCAAGAGCUGGAGUUGCACUUCCAUGCGCCGCCGCACGACCCCGUCUUCCUCCAACUCCCUCAUCUCGAGAGCCCAAAACUUCCCCCGUCCUCUGUCCCCACCGCCAACUCUCUCCUCCCUUACGCCUAUGACCGAGACACCGCCCUCGCCCCGCUGUAUGGCAUGGAGCACGCAAUGGAUCACGUGACAGAUUGGAGAGUAAUGGAAAAAUUUGUGGCUUCUCAGCUCAGCAACGAUCAAGAUUUGAAGCAACCCAACUAUUCUGAUGGUGCUAUAUUUCAAGUGCCCCCGAGCUCCGCCGGGGCGGAGUGUGAACAUAAAGAUAUAGCGCCGGAGUUUGCCCGGGCAUCGCCGUCGAGUCACCAAGUGGAUAUGUGGAAGUGAAGAGGGAAUUUAUUUCUACGUGGUGUGUGCGUCCCAGAAAAGAAAAA